AUGGCUCCGAUCAUUUAUGCUCGUGCUUACACCUGUAAGCAUCAGUACAACUUGCUUCUUGGUAAACAAGAAAGCAUGUCUGAUUAUUUCCUCAUUGUUGACUCGAUCAUUGCUUUAUUCCGAGUGGAUUUCACUAGAAGAUGGGAACUUGCUGAUCGCCAGCAAAAACUAGCUCAGACGCUCUCAAGGAUAAUCAAAAUUGCAGAGGAAUUCAAUGUUUCUGUCUACAUGACCAACCAAGUGAUAUAUGAUCCAGGGGUGGAAUUAAUGUUCAUAUCAGAUCCAAAGAAGCCAGCAGGUGGUCAUGUUCUUGCUCACGCAGUCACGAUCAGUCUCAGUUUCAGGAAGGGCAAAGGAGAGCAACGAGUCUGCAAAGUCUUUGCCGCUCCUAAUCUCCCGGAAGGCGAAGCUAUAUCCUUUUGAAAAAAUAACAUUGAAAGUUUACUUGAUUAUUCAUUACUUUCUUGUUCCCUUAACAAAAUAAUCACAUUUUCCAGAUUACUCCCGGAGGGAGGCGUUGCAGAUGCCAAGGGCUAAAGCCACCCUACAGGAGUAGAGAUGGCAAUUUUGGACCUGGACCACAGGCCUUUUCCAUAAAGGAGUGCUACGG